UCAAAGUUAUUGAACAAAUGCCCACAUCUUACAGACUUUUCAUUAUAUUUUCUCUUUCCUGAGGUAGCCAGCGAAUUUUUCUCUCUCCUCACGAAACCUGAAAGCCCUUUACACUGUCAGCUGCAAAACCCUUCACCAGCUUUUUCUCUUGAUGAAGGAAACUUUUUUUGAUCACUAAGAAAGUUGUAAUCUUUCCUAUAAUUUUGUUGGGUCACUUGGAAAUUUUUGAUUUGUUUUUGGAGGAUUGUUGUUGGUGGAGUUGUUAGGGAAAUAGAUGUUGAUUAAUAGAGAUAGAAGUUGAAGCUGUAGCUAGAAUUUUAUGGAUAAUUUAUGCUGCUUCAGUUCAGUCUCUCAGAUUGUAGGAGGACGUUCUUCUGGUGCCUCCGGCAAGGGAAGGAGUCAUCAAGGUUCUUCAAAGUAUGGAUUCAGUUUGGUGAAAGGAAAGGCAAAUCACCCCAUGGAGGAUUAUCAUGUCGCUAAGUUUGUGCAGGUCCGAGGACACGAACUUGGCCUCUUUGCCAUUUAUGAUGGCCAUUUGGGUGACAGUGUGCCUGCUUAUCUACAGAAGCAUUUAUUUGCAAAUAUUUUGAAAGAGGAAGGAUUUUGGACUGACACAAAUAGUUCAAUAUCAAAAGCCUAUGAGAGAACUGAUGAAGCCAUUCUUAACCACAAUCCUGAUCUGGGAAGAGGUGGGUCAACUGCUGUUACUGCUAUUCUUGUGGAUGGGCAAAAAUUAUGGGUAGCCAACGUAGGAGAUUCACGAGCAGUCCUUUCUAGCAAAGGCCGAGCAAUACAGAUGUCUACUGACCAUGAACCAAAUACUGAACGGGGCAGCAUUGAGGACAGAGGUGGCUUUGUCUCUAAUAUGCCAGGCGACGUUGCCAGGGUUAAUGGGCAACUUGCAGUUUCUCGGGCCUUCGGGGACAAGAACCUCAAAUCUCACUUGCGGUCUGAUCCUGAUAUAAAAGCUGCUGAUAUUAUCUCGGACACCGAUCUUAUGAUCCUCGCUAGUGAUGGUCUAUGGAAGGUAAUGUCUAAUCAAGAAGCAGUUGACAUCGCAAGAAAGGUGAAAGAUCCAGUGAAGGCUGCCAAGCAAUUAGCAACAGAAGCUCUAAAUCGAGAUAGCAAAGAUGACAUAUCUUGUAUUGUAGUCCGUUUCAGAGGAUAAAGCUCUUGUGGAUGGAAAUUUGUACAUUCGGGUCGGGGGGGCUUCGUAUAAAAAAGCACGGUAUCAAUCCUACUAAUCAACCAACUCCAGGUUGAAAGGUUUUAGGAAAUAUUUCUUACUUAUAAGGUUAUUCAAACCACUGUAAUUGCUAGCUUUUGCAGUGUAAAAAGAGGGUGGAAAGAAUUCUUUGUGUUAAGGUGGUUGUGUGAUGUAUGUUUGAUAGUAGCAAAGAUUCCUUUGAUAUAUGUAGAUUAAUAUAGUCAAUUUUUAUCUAUCAUUUGUAGUAGCACUCUCAAGUUCAUCUGAUAUUCGUGUAAUAAUUCUGAACGCUUGAAUGCAUUGGUUGCUUUUGUUUAGACAUUAAA